CGGACGAGAGCGGGGCGCGCGAGCGGCGGCGGCGGCGGCGAGGAGGAGGAGGAGGAGGCGGAGGCGGAGGAGACGGGCCCUGCGGAGCCGCCCGCGGGAAGGACGCCUCCCCGGCAGAGCCAAAAGGCAAAGUGUGGCAUGUUACCAUGGAAGGACAACACAAUCAUCCACACCAUCUAGGGGACCAGAACAACCCACUCUGCAAAUUGGGAAGCCAGGAAUACCAGCAUGAUGCACAAAGGCAUCUGACAUCAUAUCCGUAUCGCUGCACCUUAGCAGACUUCCAGAUAGAAAAGAAGAUUGGGCGAGGGCAAUUCAGCGAAGUCUACAAAGCCACUUGCCUUCUGGACAGAAAACCGGUGGCUUUAAAGAAAGUGCAGAUAUUUGAAAUGAUGGAUGCCAAGGCUAGACAAGAUUGCAUUAAAGAAAUAGAUCUUUUGAAGCAAUUGAACCACCCCAACAUAAUCAAGUAUUUGGAUUCAUUUAUUGAAGACAACGAGCUUAACAUUGUCUUGGAACUGGCGGAUGCAGGUGACCUCUCUCAAAUGAUUAAGUAUUUUAAGAAGCAGAAACGGCUAAUCCCGGAAAGAACGGUUUGGAAAUACUUUGUGCAGUUGUGCAGUGCAGUUGAACACAUGCACUCCCGCAGGGUGAUGCACAGAGACAUAAAACCAGCCAACGUGUUCAUAACGGCCACGGGAGUCGUGAAGCUCGGGGACCUCGGACUGGGCCGCUUCUUCAGCUCCAAAACCACUGCUGCACAUUCCUUAGUGGGAACACCCUAUUACAUGUCCCCAGAAAGAAUCCAUGAAAACGGCUAUAAUUUUAAAUCGGAUAUCUGGUCUCUGGGCUGCUUAUUGUAUGAGAUGGCGGCUCUUCAAAGUCCCUUCUAUGGUGAUAAAAUGAACCUGUAUUCCCUCUGCCAAAAGAUAGAGCAGUGCGAUUACCCACCUCUUCCAGCCGAACAUUAUUCUGAAAAGUUACGGGAGCUGGUCAGCAUGUGCAUAUACCCAGACCCUGACCAGAGACCCGACAUUGGCUUCGUGCACCAGCUAGCCAAACAGAUGCACGUGUGGACCGCCAGCACCUGAGGCGUCCGCCGGCGCGCUCCCAGGAAAGCCGUCCCAGCUUAGUCUUACUUGAACCUUCUGUCUCAGACGAAACCAAGAGGUGCCUCGCCAAACUUGAGUGGGGGAGUCGAGCCUUCCUCGGAAGACAGUUCACGAUUUCUGCAGGCCACUUGCAGGGGUGCUCAGAGUGGAUCCUCUCAGUGAAGGAAGGCUGAGAUGCCUGCUUUUGCUGCAAGUGACGCUUUUUACAAAGCCAAUAACAUGUUACAGACGUAGAUCACUUACAAAGUCCUUUCUUAAAACUGUUGUGUGUAAUCUAGAUUAGGCUAGGCUGUAAUAGCAAGGGUUUCUCAUUGGUGUACUUGACACACCCCUUGUAUCUUAACUAAUGUGAAAUAUUGAAAUAAUUCCUUUGGUGAAAUCACUUUAUACUAAUGUAAAAACUACAGUAGAUUUUUUUUUUGUGUAAUUUGUGUAACUGCUACUUUGCCUCUUCUGCCAAAGGUUAAUAGCAAGUUCAGUUUCUAGUUCAUAUAUUUUUUUAAAGCAUCCAGCCUGGAGUUUUCGUACAUCCCUCCCUAGCAAGAAUGGGGUUUAGAGAGGGAACAUGUUUGAAGAUUCUUUUGUAACUGACAAGUUAGAAUGAAUAUUUUGCAAUGCAUUUUAUUUGUCAAUGUGGCUGCAGUGAGUCGGUGUCGACCUCCAACCAAAGCUUUUUCUAUCCGCUCCAGUGCUGGAACUGGCACAGAGACGCGCAUCUUAAAAUCCACACUUACAUGACCAGUGUUACUGUAAGCAGAAGUUUAGGAUCGGGGAAGAUAGAUACCCUUUUGCAAAAUCAUUGGUACUCCAGCCACCCCCAACUACUCCGAAACAGUGUUCGAAACAAAGGAUUUUACAUUGACCAUGAAAUAUGCAAGUCAACGAAAUUUCUUCCUAGCGCAAAACGUUCACCCACACUUAUUUACUGUGAAAACUCAUUUAUGAAUGUGAAUAUUUUAAACAAGCCGAUUUGAAGGAACUAGCAAGUUUUCAUUUAUACGUACUUUUAAGUGUCAGCAAAAUGAGUUCAUUAACUUGGUGAUCCCGUUUCUAAAGUCAUCACCUUCUGAAGGAGUAAGAAGUCCAGUCAGUCACUCACAUCUGCCCUUGUUCAGCUUCAGUAUUUCUGGAGGACACUAUUGAGAGGUGGGUGAUCAGUUGCUAAUUAGCGGAAACAUGGCCUGUAGGCCGUGCUUCCAAGGCAGGUUCUCCUUCUCCUGGAAAUAGGAGGCGACACAUGCAUCCUUUGGGUGGGUUUCUCGAAACCCCUCACUGCCUUAAAGCAGCAGGGCACUGCCAACUAGUUAUCAAUUCUAAACAAUCAUCCUAGGUGUUAAUAUCUGUUUAAUUGCUGUGAAAGAUGCUGGCAGUACAAGCCCACGGGGAAGUCGGGGCCCCUUGAUCUCAUGACGAGCCAGCGUCAUCCUGAGGACCGCUGCUUCUCUUCUGCAGUUCUGUGCUCAACCGCUUGCAAACUUUGAUGGGGGGUGUGUGUGUCUUUUUUUCUCUACUCUAAAAGCAAGUGAAAGAGAGAGGCUUCGUUACAGCGCUGCAGACUUCGUUUGAACUAACCACAACCUGCUCUUGGGGUGCAACACUGAAUAGGUCUUUGGCUGCUGGGAACUUUCGAGUUACAGGUCUGCGCAGCCUGGUCUCUUGCUUGCUCUGUAAGGCCUAUUAAUGCUUAAGUAAGUGUAUUUCCAAAGAAAUUUUUUGCAACUGUGCAUUUUUAGAUAAGAUUUAAAUGAUUUACUAAAUAAAGUUCUCUUUGUAAAAAGAAA